UUUUUUGGCUGCUCACAGCUGAAGUGAAGCUCGGUCUGCAGGCAGAACCACAGCGCUCCGAACCUCCAGCUCUGCUCCUCCUCGCUCUCCUCAUGCGGAGCUCCUCCACAGGGAGCCCCUGCCAGAUUUGUCUAAACGUCCGGAUUUGAUGAGGGAAUCACAUCCAGGGGUCAGUUUGUUUGAAAGCUGCCCCUGAAAACAAAGACUCGGCAGAAAUGGCCGCGUACGGGAGGAAAAAAACCUCAAGACACAGUGAUGGACGACAAAACACGACGAUCAGGAGCCGAUAUCUGCAUGAAGGAACUAUAAUGUGUGCAUGAACCUGUUGUUUAUAAUCAAGCGGUGCCUUCGUGUGAAGCUGGGAAAUGGGAGUGUUGGCGUGCUUGCUGCAAAUUGACUUUGUUUUGUUUGACUUCCUGUUGUUAUCCCUCUCUCUCCCUCUCUCUGUGGGUGAGUCAGUGGAGGGGGCGUGGCCUGUUUUUAGGGUGCAGGGAGGGUCCCCUUCAGCUUUGUGAAACACAGAAAAGAGAAAGAAGGGGACUCUCUCUCUCUGUUUUAUUACAGUCUCUCGCCGCUCGCUCGGUCUCCUCCACCCUUCCUGCAUGUGCAGCUGAGCUUUGCUCCAACUCGGCCAAAUACCCCGAAGCCCUCUGUCCCUGAGUCACCUCCCAAGCUCAGCCUCGCAGUUCAUUCGUCGAUUAUUUAUGUCUUUUUGCUACACCCGGGCCUCUGGUUCUGGUUUAUUUAGAAUCCGAGGCGGUUUGGGCCCAGGAGUAUUUGGGGAAACUAUGAUAUCAUUGGUAAUUAGGUGGGUGGUGGUGCGCCCUCGUUCCCAGAGGAAGAGGCAAACAGUCGGCUGGUGCGUUCAGGACACACAGGAAUGAUUGCCUUGUUUGCUCACCGAGAUGUAAUCAGCCUGAUCGACAUUUUCUUUGUUUUUACUUCUAAUCUAAACCACUUUAAAUGAAGCAUUUUCCACCAAAUGAACUCUGAAUCUGUUCAAAUAAAUGUAGUUUUCUUAUAAUAACAUGACAGUAAAAUGGAGACUGUCCCUCUUUUGUUGGAAAGAAAAGAUUUUAAAACAGAAAACAACAAGUUGAAUCUGGAUCAUUAGAGAAAAGUAAAACCUGGAAAGUAAAAUGUUUGAUGGUGUAGAAAAACCUUCACUAUUCUCCAUCCAUCCCACAUGAAUUUGCAGUGAAAUGAAAUUACCAUUUCAUUUCACUGAUUUAUUAUUGUAUUCUAAUCAUGCAAAGUAUUUUUUUUUUAUUUUCCAAGAACAGGUAGCGCUAAAAUAUGAAGAAAUUAGUUUUGCAGAAAGGGAUGAAUGUGUUUUUUAUGAAGGUUGAUACAAGUUUUCCCAGUGAAUGUAGUAAAGACUCAACCUGUACAGCGUGAAUUUGACCUGCUGAUGUUCUACAGGUGGAUCUGGUGAACAGCCACACGGCGGCGCUGGCGGCCAUGGAGCAGAGGCCGUGCGUCGAGUACCACGACCUGGAGGCCGCCGAGGCGCUCGUCAGCAUGAGCUUCUGGUGCCAGCGGCCCCCUAAGCCCCGCCCACUGACCCCCACCUCCGACUCCUGCGACUCCAUUCAGCUCCACACAGAGAGCGGCGACGCUCCCAAGGACCUGAUCGCCCUGUCCUCACUGUGUAUGACUCCGCCUCACAGUCCAAGCUUCGCAGAGGCGUCGACUAUGACUGUCCUCACCACAAGCUCCGCCUCCAGACAGCUAUUGCUCCGCCCCCCGCAGCCCUGCGCCUCCCCUGAGAUCUCCACGCCGCCGCCGCUCCCUCACGUCGAGCCGCCCUGCGUGGUUCUGCCAGGCAAGGCGAUGGCCACCAGCGUGAUCCGCCACACCGCCGACAGCCUCCCCGUGCCGCCGCCGGAGCUGGCGGACACACCCACGCCGCCGGAGCUGGCUCCCGGGGAGAAGAACGCCGCGCCCCCUCCGUCUUCCUCUGCGGUUCCCUCCUCUCCGGUCCUCUGCCGGGUCUUUCCGGUCGGCGGCCAGACGGGAAUGAUUUCGGCGUUCGUCCAGGCACCGGUCCAAGUCCAGACCCAAGCUGGACCCCAGUCGCCUCCGCCUACCUUCACCCAGCCCCUGCUGGUGGGCUCCACCGUGCCGCAGGGGGCAGUCAUGUUCAUGGUGCCGCAGGGGCCGAUGUCGCAGACAACGCAGGGUCCCCAGACUGUAAUGACCCUGGGCAACACCAAGCUCCUCCCCCUGGCCCCCGCGCCCGUCUACAUGCCGUCAGGAACAAGCAGCGGCGCCUCGCAGGCCGACUUCUCCCGCAGACGGAACUACGUCUGCACCUUCCCUGGCUGCAAGAAGACCUACUUCAAGAGUUCACACCUCAAAGCUCACCUGCGCACACACACAGGCGAAAAGCCAUUCAGCUGUCACUGGGAAGGCUGCGACAAGCGGUUCGCCCGCUCGGACGAGCUUUCCCGCCACCGCCGGACACACACGGGCGAGAAGAAGUUUGUCUGCACCGUGUGCGACCGGCGCUUCAUGCGCAGCGACCACUUGACCAAACACGCCCGGCGGCACAUGACCACCAAAAGGGCAUCGUCGUGGCCCCCGGAAACCAGGGACCUGACGAAAGGAGCCGCCGUGCCCAAGGGCCAAAACAAGGGCCCCACGCUUCCCCUCGGCGUGCUUGUGUCCACCGCCAACUGAAAGACUCACGGGGGCAACUCAGGACUCCAAGGCUUAGGAUUCAGGCCCGGCUACGUUUACAAGACAUCCAAACAGGGUCCGCAAAUCCUGGUGAACUCAGAUCAAGAACUUCCUGAAAAGAUGUCCGUCCUCAUCGCGAUGGAAGAAGUGCAACAAUCAUACCGGAAGAACCGCUUCACAUCCGCACCAUGUGUUAAAAUAUCCGUGCUGCCAUAAACCCAGACUCACAGCUUUUCCGCUUUACUCAGGACAUUUUACUACCACAACCACAAAACUGGCUGCAAAAAGGAAGGAGGAGGACAAGAAGGCUGCUACUCAUCCACAAACAAACCAACAAAAACCUGACUUUGCACUGGAUUUUUUAAAAAAAUCUUACUUGUUUUUAUACUCUCUCCAUGUAUGAUGUUUACUUCAUGUGUAUAUGUCACAUUUAGCAGAACGUAUGCACACGGUUUAUUGUUUGCCAAAGCUUCUGUAUCGUGCUUCUGUUACUAGCCGACUUCUGUUUGUUUGACUGUAAAUAUUGUAAAUAUACUGAUAUCUAUAUGAAUGUUACAUGUAUUCCAGUCUCCAUUUAUUGAUAUUUUUAAAAAAUGUCAGUGGACAGUAUUCAUCACUGUGAUACUACCUAUAUUUGCUUUAUUCAUUAUUAUUAUUAUUAUUAUUAAACAUUCUUUGUUGAGAAAGAGUACUGUUUUUAAUUUCUUGAUUUGGCCCAUAGUGUAGCCAGUAAGAAUACCUCAUGUUAUUAAAUGUUAUUCUUAAUCAUAACAGUUUAUAUCAGAGUAAUCCCAUUUCCAUACAUUUGUUUGUUGACAACAGUGAACAAUAUAGCUUUUAUAAUAAAACUUUACAAUGAACUU